AUGUCCCUCGUCCACCUUGCCAAUGUUUGCUCUCACAUUUCGAAUGCUUCCAAAGCCCGAUUAGGAUUAACUUCCGUGCUGAACACAAAACUACACCAGUCCCUACUCCUUGCGCUCCUCGAUGCCGGAUUCGUGUCGUCCGUUGUCCUAGGAGGGCCACAACCCCCAGAGCCACAUUUUCUUUUGGGUGUGCCCUCUGCACUCAGCCCAACGCUGCAAGAGGUGGAGCUUGUCACAAGAGAAAACGUUGCAUCGCGGCGAUUAUGGCUUGGGCUAAAAUACUGGCAAAGCGAACCGGUCAUCUCCAAAAUGUCGCUCAUUAGCAAGCCAACAAAGCGGAUCACUCUGGAUGUUCCCGCUCUGCGGAAGAUUGUUAGGGGAGAUCAGAGCAAUACUGUCUAUGGCUUACGGUCGCCUGGCGAGUGUAUAUUUCUUAAAACAUCUGGGGGAAUCUUGGAGGCUCGACAGUGUGUGGAACGGGACAUUGGGGGAAUGGCACUGUGUAGAGUGGUAUGA